AUGGGGACAAGCCAAGUCUCACUGCCGCCUUCACUAGAGGACGCCAGGAUACACGGCCUGCCCUCUGCGGCGUAUUACAUUCCCAACUUCAUCGACGAGGGAGAGGAGCACUUUAUCCUCGGUAAAAUUGCUGGUGCUCCGAAGCCUAGAUGGAAACAACUCACCCGCCGCAGGUUGCAAACGUGGCCCUCCGACCUCCUCCAGGACAGAUUGCUCGACUCUCCUCUUCCCGCGUGGCUCGAGAAUCCAGUCGUUUCCCGAAUCUUGUCCUUGUCCGCCGUCAAAUCCGCCCCCGGUUCCAAGACCGAUACCGAGCCUGAGACAGAACAUAUUUUUGCCCAAAGCCCGCAUCAACGACCGAACCACGUCCUCAUCAAUGAGUAUGCGCCGGGCGUUGGCAUCAUGGCACGCAAGUUGAGUAACUAG